GUAUAUAUACCCACCAAAAUGGCACUACCCAUCAAAGCAAAAGCUAAAAACUUCAGUUUAAUUGUUCUUCAGGUAUCAGAUAAAACACAAGUCGGCACUUUUUUCUUCUUUGAGAAAACAAGAUGUCAUGCACUGUUGGUCAGGUGAUACAUUGCAGAGCUGCUGUUGCAUGGGAAGCAGGGAAGCCCUUGGUGAUAGAACAAGUGGAGGUAGCACCUCCACAAGCCAUGGAGGUUCGCUUGAAGAUCCUUUAUACCUCUCUCUGCCACACUGAUGUCUACUUUUGGGAAGCCAAGGGACAAAACCCUCUAUUUCCUAGAAUCUAUGGUCAUGAAGCUGGAGGGAUUGUGGAGAGCGUGGGUGAGGGAGUGACUGAUCUGAAACCCGGGGAUCAUGUCCUCCCAAUUUUCACUGGGGAAUGCAAGGAAUGUGCCCACUGCAAAUCAGAAGAGAGCAACAUGUGUGACCUCCUCCGGAUCAACACUGACAGAGGAGUCAUGCUCAGUGAUGGGAAGUCAAGAUUCUCCAUCAAAGGACAGCCCAUAUACCACUUUCUAGGGACUUCAACAUUCAGCGAGUACACCGUGGUUCAUGUAGGCUGUGUUGCCAAGAUCAACCCGCUCGCCCCUCUGGACAAAGUUUGCGUCAUCAGUUGCGGGAUCUCGACUGGCCUGGGAGCAAUGGUAAAUGUAGCAAAACCACCCAAGGGUUCGACGGUGGCUGUUUUCGGAUUGGGAGCUGUUGGGUUAGCUGCUGCUGAAGGUGCAAGGAUUGUAGGGGCUUCCAGAAUUAUCGGAGUUGAUUUGAAUCCAAAUAGACUUGAAGGAGCAAAGAAGUUUGGUGUGACAGAAUUCGUGAACCCGAAAGACCACAACAAACCUGUACAAGAGGUGAUUGCUGAGAUGACAAAUGGAGGAGUAGAUAGGAGUGUUGAGUGCACUGGAAAUGUCGACGCCAUGAUCUCCGCGUUCGAAUGUGUACACGACGGUUGGGGAGUUGCUGUUCUUGUGGGGGUGCCCCAUAAAGAUGCUGUCUUCAAGACUCAUCCUAUUAAUCUACUGAACGAGAGGACUCUGAAGGGCACGUUCUUUGGAAACUACAAGCCGCGUUCAGACAUUCCCUCCGUCGUAGAGAAAUAUAUGAGCAAAGAGCUUGAAGUGGAGAAGUUCAUCACUCACCAGGUCCCUUUCUCGGAGAUCAACAAGGCCUUUGACUUCAUGCUUAAAGGCGAAGGCCUUCGCUGCAUCAUUCGCAUGGAGGAGUAAAGGAGCGGAUGAAGAACCCGAUAGCCCUGUAGAGAAAUAAAAGUAAUGUGUAAGAGAAUUCGCCGAAAGAGCGUGCUUAGGGGUCCAAUUCAGGGUUCGAUUGGACUGUAUUUCUGCCAUCAUCCAUGUACUUUCCGUAAUAAUUGCAUCUAUUUUGUGAUCCUUCAGCCUUUGAAA